GGUUGCAAACAUAACGUUCGUGAAUUUCGAGCAGAAAAGCGGGUUUCAUUUCUCGCGCGAUCUUCUUUUUUUUAACGUGUAUGUGCUGUGUGUGUUUGGCGUGCGGCUAACUUUAUUGUUGUUGUUCUGGUGUUGUUGUUGUUUAUUGUUGGUAACAACGUGCGGCGCGCGCACUUUAAUAAACAACAAAAAGAGAUUACUAUUCCCAAAAGUGAGUUGGAUAAAAGGAAAAUAUAUAUACUAUAAUUUAAGCCAAAAAGUUGCCUCUCAAAAACAAAAAGGAAGCAAAACCCAAUUGACGAGGGAAGAAAACUAAGGAAAACUGAAGCCGCAGUGAGGAAAUCAAAGUAGGAACAACCACAACUCGUUUUGGGAGCAGUCGACGCAAGAUCGCAGAACGGGACGCAUCAUGACUUUCUACUGGUGGUCACACUGGUUCUGGAUAACCCUAAUCCUGAGUGUUAACUUGCUGUCCAGCCAUGUCCACACAUAUCCCAGCCAGGAGGCGGAAUCGGUGGCCUCCAGUCCGCAUCCGCAAUCGCAGCCCGUGCGCACCACGAAGCUCUACCAGACGACGGUGACCCAGACGUGGGGCACGGCCACCCAGAGCAACAUCAUGGACCUGACCCACCGACCCACCACCAGUCGUCCGCUGGUGACCCCCAGUUAUGGUGGCGCCGAACAGCCGGAGGUCGACGAAGUUGACCAGGCGGUGGAGCUGCAGGAGGAAAAGCUGCCGCUCAACGAACGAGAGCAGGAACAGGAGCAGGAACAGGAGGAGAAUCCGGAUCAGGAACAGGAUCAGGAACAGGAUCAGGAUGAGGCAGAUCCAGAUGCGGAUGCGGAUGCGGAUGCCGAGGAUGCUGCGGCCAACGAGGAGCUGGCUCAGUACGAGUUCAAGCGAUCGGCGGACUUCACCUCCGAGCAGCUCAAUAACUUUACGAAUUUCAGCAGUAGCACUAGUACAAAUGGCAGCAGCAGUGGCACUACCACAAAACCUGUUGCGAUCAGCAGCAGCAGUCCGGCCACAAGAACAACCACCACCACAUCCAGAGCGGUGGCAUCAUCGCCGACCGCUGCGACAUCGCCAGGACCCAGAGCCAGUGCAUCCUCAUCCACGCCAGCGGCUGGCUCGGCGGCUACUCCGUCGACGCCCAAGAUCAACACGGAGUGGCUGUCCGAUGAACUCCUGGCGGGUGCUAGUGCUGGUGCGGGGUCAGGGGUCACGGGCAACGGCGAAGGCAAUGGCAAUGUCGAGGGCGAGGGCGAAAAGGCACCGUUCACCUUGGAAAACGCCAACAAGGAGGACGAACUGAGGCGAGCCGAGAGCGAGCACAGAUCCCGCAAGUCCAAGGUCCUGUCCGCGGAGUACAAGCACAUCAAUCGCUACAUCAACUUCUCCAGCGACACCAAGAGUCUGCUGACCAGGUCCGCAUCCGCGGCGCCCAGCGUGGCGGGGGGCGUGACCGGAUCCGGGUUCUACGAUGGACCCGUCGGCGACGAGGGCAAAUUCGCAUCCGAGGCCCUGGCCAUUCAGCGAACGUAUUUCCUAGAUGCGGGUGCCAUUUCGGCGAUUUGCUUCACUGUCUUCGGCGUCUGCUGCACAGUGGGCACCAUCGGCAUCGUCCUGUACCGUCGGCGGUAUCUGAACAAGCCGCAGGCUCUUAGCGAACCGGACUCGAGUGUCUACAUCGAUGACAGCACCAUGCGGUUCUCUCUCUUGUUUUUGCAGGACAAUUCGGAUGAGAUGUACAGCCUGGACAACGACUCGUUUCUCAAUUCGCUGGAGGCGAUGACAAUACAGAACUACUGGACGGACACGGUCAAACAUACAAAGCUUUAAUUUCCGGCCUCUCCCGUUGGAAGUCCACCACCUCCUCAUUUUUACUCGUUUGUGGUUUCAUUUCGAUUCCGAUUUCGAUUCGUUCUUUUGUGGAAUUCCUGAUUUAAAACCAGACAUCAUAAUCAUUAAGUAGCGUAGCGUUUAAGCGUGUGUAUGUAUUUACUAAUGUUAGGCAACCAAAACGAGCAACUAGUUUAAGCCCAAACUACCAAAAUUAUGUUUAGUGUACGUGUAGAUCCUAAGUGCGCAAUGUUUUUGUCGGUUUUGGCUGUUAACUGAAGCCUUCAUAACCACUUCCCCACUUCCCAAUCCAUUUACACUCCCUGCUCUCUUGAUAAACCCAUUCGUACUCGUAUCUGUUAGUUAAUUAUUAAACCUUAUUUAUAUUGUUAACUAUUUUAUCGACCUCCCCGCGCCCAAACCUAAUUUUUAAAACAACUAUUUAUUAAGUUUCCAACUUUGUGUCCAACAAUUAAACGCAAUCAUUCCUUCCAGUUUAGCCUAUAGAGCAACUUUACACUGUAAUUACUGUAUUAAAAGCGAAGCAAGGAAACAACAAUUAAAAGAAAACAUCACACAUACACAUCGGUGUUGCUAGAAUUUUAGCGAAAAUAACGUGUUUUUAAUGUUAGCAUCAAAUUCAUUGAUAUAAACUUUUUUAAAAGUUUGUGAAAUAAAAAGUUUCGAUGGGAAAACAGAACUGGCAAUAAGUGCCAAAAAACAACACCUUUCAAGCAAUAGAUAUUUUUUAAUAUAUUAUCAAGCGGCUUAAAUUAAAUGUUAUGAAAUCAGACAGUUUUCUGGCAACCGCAACUCAUUUUCACUGAGUUUCUAGCAACACUGCAUACAAUUGUUUCAAUAUAUAUUCAUAUAUCAAAGAAGUGUAAGAACAAAAAACUGUUUACUGCCACACAAUCCUUGUCAAUUUUGCUCAUCGAACUUUUAUACACCACUUGUACUUGUAUUAUCCGUUCGAAUGUUGCAAAUAUAAAACGCAAAACGAAGCCCAGAUGGUACAUUAAUCAUUAAAUGCUAAACUGAAA